AUGACACCAUGGAAGAGCCCACGAGAACGACAGUCGAAGCCACCCCCUCGGAAGCGAUCCAAACGAAUGAAGGUAGAAGUUCCCACUCAACGCGAAGCAGCGGCUUAUUUGAACUACGAAUCGUCAAGGCAAAACUCAAGCUUACUUCAGACAGCUUCGAAACUACACGUGGAAGAUCGAGACUGGAUCAGGGACCUAGAGAAAGAACGCUGCGAACAGGACGAAAAGAUCCUCGAACUGGAAAAGGAGAAAGAAGAUCUUCGGCAAGAAAAUUAUAAUCUUCGCAUGAAUGCCCUUGGCUACCGUCAGAGCGGUGUGACAUCAGCCGAGAAGCUGACCAUCGUGUUAGAGGAAUACUCCGGCGUCGGCAGUGGCGCCCUCACAUACUCCGCAGAUAUGGGAAAGACGGUGGAUUUCCUCACCGUCGUGGCCCAUUCAUUCGGAAGCGGAAAUCCUGUCGACAAGUAUGAUCGCUUGCUCCGAGAUGAACGGUAUUUGAGACUUGCGCUCCCACCCGCUUACGGAGCAGUAGCCUGGUACCUAUUCCGACAGGAUCCCCAGUUCGCUGCACAACUGAAAGACCUAGUCCGAGACGAUAUUGACGUAAAGCAAGCGGGCAACUACGAGGCCCACGAUGCCCGAGAUCUGCUUUCGGAGCCUUUCCGGGAAUUGGCUGUGACGCUAGUAACACGCCGACUCAAGAAUGCCCCCUCAGGAUUUGUCGAAGAUUUGAUCUCGCGGAUUCGCCACUCAUACAGUGAAAAGGCUCGCCAUACGAGCCAAGACUAUGCGUGGAAUGUGACCAAUUCUGUCCUACCCGAUGGCGUUGAGCGCCUCGAGCUGGUCUGA